UUCAAGGUAAGAACCGACCACCCGACCAGGGUUUUUGCUGGCUUACUCGGCGGCGUACCCAAUCGCGAGCGCUGUUCAGAGAGAGAGAGAGAGCGCGCGCGCGCGCGAGAAAGAGGGAGGGAGAUGACGCAAUGCUUCGAUGCGGGGCUGUCGACCCGGAAAUGUCGAGAACGGGAGCUCUACGCCAUACCUAUCUCUUCCAGCUGGUUUAAGUGGGACGAGAUCCACGAGUCAGAGAGGAGGUCGCUGCCGGAGUUUUUUGAAGGGGGAUCCUACUCGCGGAGUCCUAGGGUUUACAAGGAGUACCGGGAUUUCAUUAUCAAUAAGUACCGCGAAGACCCCUCUAAACGUCUUACAUUUACGGACGUUCGCAAGUGUGUUGUGGGCGACGUCGGCAGUCUCCGGAAGGUCUUUCUUUUCUUGGAGAAAUGGGGGUUGAUCAAUUUUAGUGUGUCCGACGGGAAGCAGCAGUCGGAGGAAGAUGAUGGCCCGGUUGUUAUCGUGGAGGUUGGUCCCGCAGCGGGAGUGCGGGUGGUGUCUGGAUCGUCUAGUUCUUCAUCUUCUUUUGUUGACUCAGCGCAAGCUGGGGGAGAGAGCGCUUUCAGGCUGCCGCCCCUCACUUCUUAUUCUGAUGCUUUUGGGGAAUGGAAGCCUGGUAGUGGCCUUAUAUGCGGGUUCUGUGGAGGUCACUAUCGUUCUGGAUUGAAUGAAUCAUUGAACGCUGGUAUUGCGAUGUGUUCAAAAUGCUUGCAUAAGUACACAGGAAAUGGGAAAAUUGAAGAUGAUUUGACGCCGAAUGAUCAUGUUGAUGUAAAAGAUCAAUCUUCCGCCACCUGUUGGACGGACACAGAGACUCUACUUCUUCUUGAAGCUGUUCUGAAGCAUGGAGAUGAUUGGGAUCUUAUUGCUCAACAUGUUCGAACUAAGAAUAAACUUGACUGUAUUUCCAGGCUAAUACAUCUGCCUUUUGGUGAUCAUAUGUUGGGAACUAUUAGUACAAAAUCAAACAACGCAAACUUAAUCACACCAUUGGUGGAGUAUAAGCCUAGCUUGCAGGUUUUAAAUGAUAAUCCCCAGGAGUUCACAGAAACAAAUGGUGAUCAACAGGUUGAAAUUAACAAGGUAGAGGGGAUAGAGACAGCUAGCCAAGAUCAUUCUGUGAAGCGAAGAUGCUUUCCACCUUUCACUGAUACUACAAACUCAUUUAUGAAGCAGGUAGCAUCCUUCUCUACAGUUUGUGGCCCGCAUGUUGCUGCUGUUGCCCUGGAUGCUGCAAUCAAGGCAUUGUGCCAAGAGAACCCAUGUGCCAAGAUGGCAUUUGAAACUAAUGCAGAUAAAAUGGUUAAGCCUGUGUCGCCUCCAUAUAAAAAUGAAUUCAAGGGUGACAUAAAGUUUGAAGAUGGGGAUGCUAAGAGAAAUAAGCAAUCAGCUUAUGUCUCUGAGAAGAGCUUCGGUGCGACGACCUUCCAAGUUAGAGCAGCCAUUGCGACAUCUCUGGCUGCAGCAGCUGCUCGUGCAAAGCUUGCAGCAGACCAAGAAGAGAGGGAGAUGGAACUUCUUAUGGCAUCAAUAAUUCAAGCGCAGCUGAAGAAGUUGCAGUACAAGAUGAAGCAUUUGAUGGAGAUUGAGCUGAUAAUGGAGAAAGAGUUGAGUUACGUGCAGCAAAUGAAGGAAUUCGUAAUGGAGGAAUGGGUGAAUCUACUGGAGAAAUUAUUUGAGGCUGGAAUACCCCGGUGGCGUGACCAAGUAUUUCCUAAGACCUUAGUGCACACCUUCCCCUUAUAAUUAAUAUUUAUCCCAUGCCUGUUUCCAUGUCAAUUAUUUAUGCGAAUUUUUUACUAAGUUAUUAUUAUUUUUUUGCAUAAUCA